CUAAAACCCUGAACCCUUGCCGGGAAACUUUAACGUCUCUCUCUCUCUCCGGCGACCCCGUUUUCUCACCCCCAAUCAAUCAAAUUCGCUUAAUUUUCCCGAGAAACGAACUGGGGAACUUCCAAAAUUCCCCCUUUCGAAACCCUACUUGCCGAAUUCCAUGCUCUGUAGACGGAUCACCUUGAAUUCCUGCAAGGUACUGCGUCUUCUCUCUCAUUUUUCUGCCCUCUUAUCCACGAAAUCCUCCUCCUCUGUCGCAAAACUCUACGAAAGACCCUUUUCCCCGACCAAUUUUUCUAUAGACCCUAAAAACCCAGUUCGGGAGAUUCUUCUGGGGAUGAAGACGUUGGGAUUCAAGGAGUUUCUCCACGGGCAUUGUUUUCGAGGCGUUGUUUCGGAGCUGAGUCAGGUUCAUAUCGAUCAAAUCAUCAGUGAAUUGAUGUCCGAGAGCCCUGAUCUUUCGGUCUGGUUUUUCAAGGAGUUGAAAGAUAUGUAUGAAUUUCGCCAUUCGAGGUUCUCUAGUUUGUUGGUUUCGCAUGUUUUAGCAGGACAAAGACGCUUCAAAGAGCUGGAAAUGAUUCUAGUACAAUUGCUGCAACAAGAAGGCUCUGGUUCAUCAGCUUUUCUUUGUGAGCUUCUCUUAAAUUGCUUCAGAGAGUGGGAAUCUACGGGAGUAGUAUGGGAUAUGUUAUUGUUUCUUUGUUCGAGAUCUAAAAUGAUGCAUGAUGAUGCCCUUUACAUUCUUGCCAAGAUGAAGGAUCUGGACUUGAAAGUCUCGACACAUGCUUACAACUCAAUCUUGUACAACUUCAGAAACACUGAUAUGAUGUGGGAUGUGUACAAUGAAAUUGAUGCUAGUGGGGAAUCCAAGAACGAUCACACAUAUUCCACGGUUGUAGAUGGCUUAUGUCGGCAAGGGAAGCUAGAAGAUGCCAUUUCAUUCCUCAGGAGUUCGGAGUGGAAGGAUAUUGGUCCUUCUGUUGCCUCUUUCAACAGUAUCAUGUCAAAAUACUGUAAAUUGGGUUCUGUAGAUAUUGCGAAGUCAUUUUUCGGCACAAUGUUUAAGUGUGGAUUGGUUCCCGACAUAUAUAGCUUCAAUAUUCUUAUACAUGGACUCUGUCUAGCUGGUUCUAUGGAAGAAGCUCUAGGGUUGUCUAAUGAUAUGGGGAAGCACGGGGUAGAACCUGAUGCCAUAACAUACAAUAUUCUUGUGAAAGGGUUCCAUCUUCUGGGUAUGAUGAGUGGGGGUUGGAAGAUCGUUCAAGAAAUUCUAGAGGCCAAUGGUUUCAGACCUGAGCUUGUGGCAUAUUCCAUUGUAAUUCAUGGCCUCUGCAAGAAUGGAGAAUUCGAGUUGGCUGCUCGAUUGUUCAGAGAAAUGUAUACCAAGAGAAUUCAUCCGAGUUCUAUGAGUCAUGGUGCUAUUCUGCUUGCUUUAUGUCGGAAAAGGAUGCUACUUGAGGCAAGAGAGCUUCUGGACUCUCUGAUAUCCUCUGGCUCUGCACUGGAUGUUAUUUUAUACAAUAUUGUAAUUGAUGGAUAUGCAAAAGAAGGUUGCAUUGAGGAAGCAUUACAAUUAUACAAUCAAGUGAUUAAGAAUGGUCUAACUCCUACUAUAGCGACUUUCAAUUCUUUGAUUUAUGGGCUCUGCAAAACACAGAAUAUAGCUAAGGCUAGCGUGGUGCUGAAUGCCAUGAAGUUGUAUGGAAUAGUCCCAAGUGUUGUGAGUUACACAAUUCUGAUGAAUGCAUAUGCUGACUGUGGAAAUACCGUCGGCAUAUACGAACUGCUUCAAGAAAUGAAAGCGGCUGGAAUCCAAGCCACCCAUGUCACUUACUCAGUGAUUAUUAAAGGGUUUUGCAAACAGCAGAGACUGAAAGAAUGUCAUCAGUUGCUCGGGCACAUGUACUCCGAGGGUGUUACUCCAGAUCAGAUCACUUACAAUACUAUAAUUCAAUGUCUAUGCAAAGCCAAAGAUCUGAGUAAGGCUUUUGAGUUAUUCCAUGAAAUGAAAUCUCGGAAUCUUGAACCUACACCUGCCACUUAUGAUAUUCUGAUCAACGGUCUUUGCUCAUACAGUAAACUAAGGGAGGCUGACAGAUUUCUGUAUUCCCUUCAAGAAGAUGGUGUCAGUUUGUCAAGAGUUGCUUAUACCACAUUAAUCAAGGCACAUUGUGUAAAGGGUGAUUCUGUAAAGGCAGUACGUCUCUUUCUUGAGCUGUUGAACAGAGGAUUUGAUGUUUCUAUCAGGGACUACAGUGCUGUGAUCAAUCGGCUGUGCAAGAGAUUCUUAGCAAGUGAAACUAAAUUUGUGUUCUGUCUGAUGUUAUCCAAGGGGAUUUCCCCCGAUUCAGACAUUUGCAAAGCGAUUCUCCGAUGUUUUCAUGAUAAAGGUGAUGUCAAGUCAAUCGAUGAGCUGCUUGCCAUGAUGAUCAAAUCAGGUUUAUUUCCUGAUUCGUAGAAGGCGACAUACAUUCUUGUCUGUUUUCUGUCUUAUCUGCUGGAAAGGACAUCCUUUCGGUAACGGAGCUAGUCCAUGAGAUUAUGAACCAAGCAUGCCACAGGAUAGUAAAAACUGGCCUGUUGCAGUGCGACCGGAUAUUUUGAAGGACCGAGUUUGUCAAUGAAACGAAAGAGCAGCUUUUUACUGGUUUCAACUAUGCGGCUGGUGGGUGUGGAAUGAUGUUUCCUGAAACCAGAAUGGAAUCUCGGAUACAAAAAUAUGUAUACUCAAAAGUUUCUACAGAAGUUGCACAAGCAAAGAAGUUCUUCAUCCACAACAUCAGGCCACACUUUGAGAGAGUUUCAGUGAGAAGAUAGACCGGUGAAAUCAAUAUUUACCACAUGAAGCUUGAAAAAAGAGCCUUUUAGUGGAAACUAGCUUUUGCCUCUCACCUGACACCCGGUGCCAAUGAAGGGAGACAGAGAUUUCUCGAUACCCGUUUCAUCGGACUCAGAUCACAA